UAUAUAUAUAUAUAUAUAUAUAAUAUAUACGUAUAUAUAUAUAUAUAAAUUUUCAAUAUCGUUUUAUAAUUUUUCUUUUCUUUCUUCUCGAUAAGUCCGACAGUCGAUAUCAUAAUUCUUAUUUCGCAGUGGUGUCGUAAAUAUAUAUAUACAUAUAUAUAUUGUGUUGUGAACGUAGAAGAAGAAGGAGAAGAAGGAAGGAUCCAAAGUAGAAGAUCGCAAGGACGUCGGAUCAUUUCGUCGAUGCUUCCGAAGGAAUCCGAACCUGCCGAUGACGAACCUGCUACCGCAGGAGCAAACCUAAGGAUCGCUCGAUCGUGUGCUUAUUAUUCUUCGAAGGUUUCUUCACGUUCCUACAGAAAAAUAGAUAUCGAAAGGAUUUAAAAUUGCAGCCGUGAAUAGGGAGACACUAGAGGAACGCUUUAUUUGCUGUUGAAGUCCGCUAACGACUCGAACGACUUGAACGACUUAAGCAACGUAUCGGUGGGGCCGUGCGGUGCCGGCUUGCCAAAGAUGCAAGAGCUUCGAUCCAAUUAUCCUGAAGGAGCCUAUUCAAAACAAUAGACGCGCAUCCCUGGAUUGUUCGCAAUCGCCAUCAACAGCACACAGCUAGCUUUUGAACAAGAUGUCAAUGACGGGGAGCUUGAUGGGCUACGAGAAUAAUAACGAAGUGAAUCAAGCGAAAUGCAAAAAACCGUUGAAGCCACUUCCGGUUAUGUCGAGUAUAAAUUCAAGCGGUGUAACGACGACAUGCACUGGGAAGUCGUCAAAGAAGGUUCGGAAUUCGCGUAAGAAGGAAUCUUCUGUGCGAGGUCACGUGAAUAGUCUUUGGUCGGUAUGGUACGGCAUCUUGGCGGUUGCAUUUCAGACUUAUAUCGCAAUGAGAUACGCCAGAAGAUUUGCCACGUAUCUCUCGUUGCCAUGGCCGGCGGAUGCACCACCACCGAAAAUCGAGUUGCACGCGUGCCUAGUUCUGGCUGGGGCUGGAGUGGUUUUACUUCCUGUUUUACUCGGUACUGCCUUCCUCAAGCUCGGAAAUCUCGCCAACGAUGGAAUUAAACUUGGCCGUCAUUUGAGCGCCUGCUCUCGUGAUCCUCCUUCCUCGUUACUCACCAACAGUCCAGAUAAUAGCUUGGCGAAUAAUUUAUGGAGACAUGGUGGACCAACGUCGGCGUUCGUACAUCUCUGCACGGCUAUGUGCUUCCUUCUACCGUCUCUGCUCAUGGAGGCGAGGAUGAUACACGCUGGAUUUUUGCCAAAAGAAGCGAUAUGGAGGACGGAUUUGGAUUGGAUGGUAAUUCACCGAGAUCGUCUGGUGGUGCUUAGUUUCAUGAAUCCAGCUGGUAACCUGAGUACCUUAACCGGUUUCAUAACCCCACAACCUUUUGUAACCGCUGCGCCAGAAGAGGAAGUUGAGGAUGACCUUAAUGGAGUCGUACCAACAACAACAGGCUUGUCUCGUGUUAACGAAACAAUCGAAACUCGAACGGAAGAAAAUUCUACAAAAUUUUCCACUAUAAAUCGACCAGUACUGGCUAAUUCAAAUGUCCAUCGAACCAUCGUAAAUUCUACAACUAUUUUGUUCAGUAAUAAUACUACAACAAGUAAAACAACUUCAAGAAUACCAGAAACAACCAGCAGUACAACCACAACAACACCAACCAUGAGUUCAACUAAUUCUGCAACAAAAUAUCCAACGACUCUUAAGAGAUCAACUAUCAGACCAAUUUUGAAAAACAAUAAUCUAAAGAACAGGUCUAAGGUUAAAAAUUUGACGAAAACAUUGACAACAGUAAGACCAUCCAAAACUACUCAGACUACGUCUGGUGGAAACAUGACCGCUCAAAGCAUGUCAUUGGUUAUGAACAGCUUGGCUGAUCUGGAUCAUCCUGAAAAUUUGAAUCUGGAGCUUCAACCGACUGAAUCCUAUGGGCCAAUAACACUGGAAUAUCUUAAUUACGCUGUUGCUCUUGGCGUUUACUCUGUACGAUAUCCCGCAGUGUUCUGGUCUUGCAACAAAGCUCUCGGUACGAUUUUCAGUGUUCAACUGGUCAUUAAUUCCGCUCAGAGCUUAUUGGCUUACGCCGGCAUGUCCGUUUUGUACAAGGUUCAAGUUGUCGGACCUCUUAAGGUUUUACCUCUUCUUCGACAUCGAACUGUAGCCACAGCAAGUACGAUAUCAACCAUCUUCGGUGAUUCAUAUUUUCUUCUUAAUCCUCACGUUACGUUAGCUCUUUUUGCCCUUUCGUCUCUCCUCGUACUGUGUUCGAGCAUGGUCAUGUAUUUCUACGCACACGGCAGGUUCGCAGCAUUCCUGAAUCAGGAACGCGAACGUCGCGUGAUCUUGCCGAAGGACGGCCGAGAAAGCAGCGCCUGGGUCUACUUCACUCAUUGCACCGCCCUCUGCGUGUUCCUCGCGAUUGCAAUCUGUAGUGCACCAUUGCUCUACGACUACACAGUGGUCUAUAGAGGCAGUCUAGACGGUGCGAUCCUCGCCUGUAUCGUUGGUACCGUGCUACACUUGUUACUCUGGCUUAUUCUAUGGGUCUUCCUGACUAUAAAACAACGUUGGACUUUCAAGUUACGUGUCACGAUCGGUCGUGCUACCGUUCGUUCAGCCAGAUCUGUCAAACUAGUGACCGAUGUCGAUUUAUUGUCUGCUAGAGAGGAAGAAGAUAGUACAAGCGCUCCAUUACUUGUUGUUGGUAAUGGUAGGACAUAUACGAUCGCAGAUACAUCUCCAAAGAAAGCUAUCAUGAGUGUUAUUCAAAAGGCAGCUAUGGAAAGGAAAGCACGUUCACAAGGUGGAAAUGUUGAUUAUGCUGAUGGAGAAUCGACAGCCGAUGGCGACGAACAAAUCUAUUGGCUCAGGCCAAAAUUACGGCCGUCACCUGCUCAAUCCCCUAACGACACUACUGGCACUCAGGCUAACGACAAGGGUUGGCUCAACAAGAAGCUCAAGCCCAAGGUCACCUUUAACGACCUGCCUAGUACGUCAGGCUCGCGUAAUAAGGGAAAAGCCAGACGAGGCGUCGCUGACGGGGGACCUGAGGAUGACGGGGAUUACGCCACGUUACGCGAGCUACCGCUGAUAACUUCUUUGGAUCCAGCGGACGAUUCGAAUUCCGAAGAAAACAAGUGGGAGAGAUGGCUGAUGCCACGUAGGAACGGUAUACCUAAAUUCGGAGACCUGCUCGAGUGCGUGAACGAUGACCAAGUGACGUACUACGCGAGCGCUAAUCGCGAUCUGCAACCCUCGGAGGGUGAUCCCUCACCCCUCUUAACACCAGAUCCUCUUCCCGAUCCUGCUUCAGAACCACUUCCGUUGCCACCUCCGACUCCAACUACUGCACCGACCACCGAAGUUGCCACGGCGCUACUAACCACUAACUCCCAGAUGAACGGUGGUCAAACACCACGUUGCCUACGCCGAGCGGAUUCCGGUAUGCCACACGACGAGUUGACACCACGUUCCGAUUCUUCCAAUUCUCCGCCACUGGACGCCGGUGGUACCAGUUCGGUGAUAGGCCACAGUAAUACCAGCAGCAACAGCGAAACAUCGUCAAGUGGCGUACACAGUAAUGCAAGUAACGCCAGCAAUGCCAGCCAAAGUAGCUCGUCUCAACGACGAGCAACAAGCGUGGACGAUUUAACUGGUGAAACACGCGAAGAACCACGAGAACAAUGGCGGAGCUGUUCGCUUCAGCGUGGAACACAACCACCGACAGCAAAUACAACUUUUUCUCCACCAAACAGUCGACCAGGCACCAGCCAAUCUUUCUCCUCUCCACAAUAUGCAAAUCACGUACCUCUUUUCAACAAUACUGGCAACAAUGAACUAACCGGUGGCUGUCCAGCCGUCAUUCUCGAAAAUCCAAACGAAGCAACGGUUGUAAUACGUCGAAAAUUGUCGAGAACGAAACUGACAGAACCAUUGAAUCCAAACGAAGAACCAUUUGGUCGAUCUACCAACAUGAGGAUGACCUCAUUUACGGAAAGCAAUGAUAUUCGUAUUCAGGCUUCCUCGGCUACCCUACCCCAUUAUCCAACACAACCUAUUGUCACGUAUCCACACUGUUCCACCAUGCCCUUGCCUCAUGCGUCGCACAGCAUGGCUGGCACGAACAUGAGUGGGUCCACUGGCAGCUGUGGAUCCGUGCCGAGGCAUACAUUUGUACCGCCACAGAUACACGCGACUGUACCAGCUCAUACGACGUUACCGUCGCAUCACAACGGUGUCAGGUUGAUACACGGUGGUCCUGGUAAUCCUUUCGUCAAGAGAUUCCCACCCGUUCAGCUUCACACUCAGCCUUGGGCUCUGCCAGGUCAUCAUACCUUCCCACAAGCACCACAAAACAACAACAAGCUGUCGGUUACCGCUCAGAUAAGACAACAGAGCGAUCGAGACUCGGCUAAUUUCUCUAUGGCAAGUAGCGGAGACUCGGAUACCUGUUUGCCACAUUAAAUAUGUGACAAAUCCUUUCGCUAGAAUAUUAUUUCUAGAGGAGCUGUGGUGCAAUUUCGUCGUGUUGCCGCUAAUACAGCGACGACCCCUAUGGAUCUAUAUUUUAAUAUGAUCCCACGAAAAUGGACUCGAAGUUAUGAAACGCUUCGCGUAGAACACAGUAGGAAAGCAUCAACAGUACUUCUUGUAGACCCAAGGUCGAAGAGGUACCGGUGCGAGAAAAUAAUAGUCUUCACAUACUUUCGAGAACAAUUGGAUAACUUUUCAGGAUGACCACUUUCUGUUCGAUCAACGUUCAUUUAAUCUCGUAAACGUAUUAGCAAAUUUAAUCGUCGUCAUAGAUAAAAACGCUUGCGAGGAUAUCUUUGAAACUCUUGUAUUUUCAGACUCAAUCUUUUAAAUUCAUAAUACAAUAACAUAUCAUGUCAACAUCUGCCACUCGCAGAAACUCUUCUGAAAUUUCUCAAAAUUCUACAGAAUUUUGAUAUCUUACGUGACGGCGAUCACGAAGUUCUAAUGAUAAUAAUAAUAAUAAUAAUAAUAAUAAAUAAUAAUAAUAAUAAUAAUAAUAAUAAUAAUAAUAAUAAUAGUAAUAAUAAUAUUAAGGGAAAGGGAGGGAGCAUAAUAGAGGAAAUAUAACUGUUCUCUCGUGGACAUAUCCCGUGUUUGUGAUCACAAUUAAUGUAAUACUAUUUAAUUGCAAUAAAAAUAUCAAUAUUAAUUACGAUCUCAAGAAUUACAGAUGGAGGUUGAUCGAACGGUCAUCGUGAUGUUAAAACGAAGUUAUCGUGAAAGGUUUUUCCAUUCGCUCGAGUUCCAUUCGCUAAGAUAUAUUUAUAAUUUAAUAAGAAAUCUCUUGCGUUUUGAUUAUUCUUACGGGAAAGUGUUCGAUGUAUAAAGGGAGUUACGUGCCACGUUUAAUGUUGGAGAGAUUAUUAAGAAGGAACGGGAAAGAGAUCAAGCAUAAUUAUACGGUGUUAUAAUAAUGAUGGAAAAAAAAAAAAAGAAAAAAGACACGCACGUACAUACAUAUACUCACAUAGAUACACACAGACACAAACACAAGAAUUAAUCGUAUCGCUUUAAAUAAGGUUCGUGCGCGUGUAUAGAAUGGAUUAAGUAUAAUAAUAAUUAAAGGGGCGAUCUUUUUGGAAACGUUCACGCGCGUCAUCCGUGUAAGCAUGUAAAAUCUUUUUACCGUUAAUUAAAAUCCAUUUUUACCGAUAAUUAAUAAUUGUAAAUUUUGUUAAUGCGUCAAUACUAUGUACAUUAUACCGAAGGUAACUUGUUUUCUUAUUUCAUUUUUUUUCUUUCGGUUUUAUUUUUAUUUAUUUUUUUUUUUUUUUUGUUCUUUUGCUUUUCGGAUCAUUAUGAAUUUUCGGUGAGUGAUCGAAAGGGAGAUUAACUCGAUGAACUCUUUUUGUUUUAUUUCUCUCUCUUUUUUUCUUUUCUUUUUCUUUUGCGAUCUUCAUUUUUAUUAUCUUUCAAGUAAUGCCGUGUGUUGUCACGAGACAAACUCCCUUUCGUUCGAACGAAUCUUUUAUUCCUAUACGUAUAUACAAACGCGACUAGAUAAUUGUUAAGAUAAAAAUGCUUUUCUAUGAUUGAAUCGUAUUAAUGCUUUAUAUAUAUUGCGUAUAUUUAAGGAUUAAGAAUGAACGAUUUUAAUGAUUUGUCGUGAAAGAGAUAUCAUACAUUGUCGAAUGUACCAACGCAAUUUAUGUAAUUGCUCUCUUUGUGGAUAUAAAAGAAAAUUAUUAUCCGCAAAGUUGUAUACGUACUUACGACGAUCCAUGAGCAGAGUUUCUAAAUGAAUCACCGAAAAAUCGAACGGGAUAAUGGACAUUAGUAAUAGUUAUCCUAUGUAGAAAAUAAUGAUCGUGUGUUGCGCAUAUGCCGAGUCUUGCGUAACACGUUGUUAAUUAUUUUUAAUGAUCAAUUGUGUAUUAAUAGAAUAAUUCAUCAAUUGUGUAUUAAUUACGUUGUGAUAAUUUACUUAAUAUUACGAGCAACAAUUUUCUCGUGCACUCUCUCUAAUGAAAGAAAAAAAAAGACAAAUAGAAAAAGCAAGAAGAAAAAAAAAUUGUAAAGUGUGUUACUCAAGAUCGGCGUAUACGAUUUUUAUUAAUUAAUGGCUAGGGGAACGAUAACUGCCACUUAUCGUGAGAAUUAAUCUCCGUUUGUAUUUACUUAUUUUAUCAACUGCCAUGCUAUUUCGUCCUUUUCACAGAUAUAAAAACAAAAAAAAAAGACAAAAAAACGAUAUCUAACGUAUGUUAAUUACCCGAUGGUAACCACUUGUAUUUAACUCGUUAAAAGAAAGAAAUAGAAAGAAAGAAAGAAAAAAGAAAAAAAAAUAUAAAGAAAAAUACUAAUGCUGAGAUGUAUCCACUCGCAUGAAUUAUCGUUCGCUAAUUUGCGUUCUUUCGCGAUUAUAUAAUCGCUUUUACAGUCACGCGAUCAAAAAGUAUACAACUGAUUCUGGAGAAGUAGAUCAUGCCAUAAGAGAAAAUGGCCGAGUAACGUGAAAAUGAGAAACCCGACAAAGCACUAGAUAUUUGGAAAGAAAGAAGAAAGAAACAUCGUACUCCUUGACGUUAUCGUUGUAAAGAUCAAAUAGAUCUUAGAGAGAAUAAAUAGAAGAAGGGCGAUACGUAUCGAAUUAUAAAAUGAACUGCUUGUUUUAUAGUAAAAAUUGUGUUACAAUUUAAAAAACAAAAAUACGUUGGAUUACUUAUAUAUUAUUGUUUUUGGUUGAUCCUGAAAUAUUGACAUAUUUGAUAUGAAAUAUUAUAUAUAAAUAAAAAUUAACAUGAUUUGAUUGAUUGAUUGAUACAAAAAGACACACGCAAUUAUCAAUAGUUAUAUAGAUCAGAUAAUGAUCAAAUACACAUUGGCCACGUUUGUAUCAUAUUUAAUUAAAAAAGAAAAAAGGAUCUUUUGUGUUUUUAUCAUGUUAAAUUAAACACGUUUAUUAUGUUACAUGCAGUUCAUUGAAGAAUACGUUACAAAAAAUCCAAAAGUCCUAUUAUAUG